AUGUACGGUCUCGCGGCCACUUCUGGCCUGAUGCUGGCGCUUGCCAGCCAGGCAUACGCAGCUACAUCUGCACUCACGAUCAAGGGCUCCAAGUUCUUCACUGGUGAUGGAAAUCAGUUUUUCAUCAAAGGUAUUGCCUACCAGCUUACGAACGACGACCCGCUCGCGGACUCGACACAAUGCGUCUUGGACAUCAACCUCAUGAAAACAAUCGGCACAAACACCAUUCGAGUCUACCACGUAGAUCCGAGUGCCAACCACGACACAUGCAUGGGAGCACUGUCCGACGCCGGCAUCUACGUCUUCCUCGACUUGGACACCUUCCCCACAUACAUCCUCCAAGAGAACCCUGAGUGGAAUCAGACGCAGUACUCUGCCUACCAGAAGGUUAUGGAUGCCUUCCACAACUACGAUAACGUUGCUGGAUUCUUCGUCGGCAACGAGGUCCUCACCACUGGUGCUGGCAGUAUUGCCGCUCCUUACAUUAAGGCUGCUGCUCGCGAUAUGAAGGCUUACCGCGACAGCAAGGGCUACCGCAAAAUUCCCGUCGGCUACUCUGCUGCUGAUAUCUCGGACCUUCGCCCUAAUCUUCAGAACUACGUGGCUUGCGGAUCUAACCAAUCCGAGGCCAUGGAUUUCUACAGUCUCAAUGCCUACGAGUGGUGCGGUGACUCGUCCUACGAUGUCUCCGGCUACAGCCAGUUGCAGAUGAAUGCUAGUGACUACAACAUCCCCAUCUUCUUCUCCGAGACGGGCUGCAACACCGUCCCACCGCGCACUUUCGGCGAUCAAGCCGCCAUCUUCGGCUCUGAGAUGAGUGGCACCUGGUCUGGCGCCAUCAUCUACGAGUGGAUUGAAGAGACGAACAAUUACGGUCUUGUGUCAUACGGAGCUCCAGCAGCUGCCACAGCGACCGGUAAUGGGAUUGUGGCAGGCUACACGAGGACCGGCACUCCGAUCCCCAUCUCACCCGAUUUCGACAACUUGUCCAAGGCAUGGGCCACAGCAAGCCCAAGCGGCGUCCAGAUGAACAACUACAACCCCAGCAACUCCCCACCCGCCUGCCCAGCCUACACUAGCGGUCUCUGGGAGGUCUCUAGCAACCAACCACUUCCUACCCUCGGCCAAGGCGCCGACUAUCAGCAGCCCUCCCACAGCUCAACAUCCGGGGCCAGCAGCAUGGCCGGCAGCAGUAGCAAGAGCGGAAGCGCCUCUGCCUCAAGGACAAGUGGUGCCACAGCCGCCUCAGGCGCCGCGAGCGGAAGCAGCACUGCGGCUGCCUCCUCAACCGCUGCCUCGGCCGCCAUGGCCAGGAGCGUACCGUCUUCUGACGCGAACGUGAUGAUUCUGGGUUUCAUUGGGUUGGUGGGCAUGAUUGCCGUUAUUGGCAUCUUGUAG